GCAUGAUCGAGCUUCAUUCAUUUCAUUCGCUAGUGAAAAGUAUGGCCGAACGUACGUGUUGAAAGUGUGAUGACAUCAUUUUGACCCCCGCCCGAUUUUUCUGCAACUGGCAGAAAGAAUAAGGUUUUUUCGCGGUGCGUUUGCAGGUCAAAAUAAAUAGCAACUAGGCAAGAAUUCUAAAGUGUGAAGAAGUUGCAGUGAAAAAUUGGUGAAUUUUGUGCAAAACCCUCCACAGUUGCUGUUCCGUGUGCAAAACUUCGGUGGAGCUCUGGAUAGUUCGUUAGCAUUGAAGAACGCGACACGUCUCGUCGGUUCCGGAGAAGAAGCGAGCAACAUAACGACGCACGGCUGUGGCGUCCCGCCAAGGUGCCAUAGCAGAAGAAGAGGCACCUGUUCUCUAUCUCCCCUACUGCAGGUCGUCGUAGUGGAGUAGUGAAAGGUAGUGGUAGUGAUUCUAUUUUAAGUGUAGUAGCAAUAACCAGAAGCCAGUGAUAGUAUUAGUGUCAGCACGUUCAAAUCAACUCCGAACCAUGUGGACAGUCAACAGACGCGGCGGCGGGCCGGCUAUAAUCUUGCUGGUGGCCACCCUACAUGUCCUCGCCGUGCAGAGUCUCAUUCACUCACCGCCUCGCAUUAUCAAGCAGCCCCCAACCGACGAGAUGCUUUUUCAGGUGGCCCAGCCAAGCGAAAACGACAAGCCCUUCAUCGUUGAAUGUGAAGCAGAAGGUGAACCGACACCAAGAUAUCGAUGGAUCAAAAACGGCAAAAAGUUCGAAUGGCAAACGUACGACGACCGCAUGUCGCAGCAGCCUGGCCGCGGUACGCUGGUAAUCAAAUCGCCUCGUGAUGAGGAUCUUGGUCAGUAUCAGUGCUUCGCGGAGAACGAACACGGCACGGCGACCUCCAACUCGGUAUUCGUUCGUAAAGCCGAACUGAACUCGUUCAAGGAUGAAACCGCCAGAACCGUCCAAGUAGAUGAGGGUUCACCCUUCAAAAUGCAGUGUCAACCUCCGGACGGUUGGCCACGACCGAACGUGUACUGGUUAAUUCAGAAUAUGGACGGCGGUAUCAGUUCGAUCAACAACUCUCGAAUGACUCUGGAUCCGGAGGGUAAUCUGUGGUUCUCCAACGUAACUCGUGAUGACCAGUCGGAUGACUUUUAUUAUGCUUGUGCUGCUUCUUCGUUGUUCCGGAAUGAGUACAAAAUCGGUAACCGUGUGUUGCUGCAAGUUAAACAAACGGGUAUCUCCGCCGCUCAAAAUAAACAUCACCCGCAGCGACAGUACGUUUCUCGAAAGAAUGAAGUCGCGCUGAGGGGGAAGAAAAUCGAAAUGUUCUGUAUAUAUGGCGGAACACCUUUACCUCAGGUGGUAUGGACCAAAGAUGGUCGACCGAUACAGUGGAACGAUAAGAUUCAACAGAACAAUUACGGCAAGUCACUGGUAAUAAGACACGCCUCUUUCGAAGAUCAGGGUACGUAUCAGUGCGAAUCGUCGAACGGUGUUGGCAGUGCCGAGUCAUAUUCAAUCCGGUUGGAAGUACAAGCAGUGCCAUACUUCACUGUUGAACCGGAGAUCGUAAAUGCUGCAGAAGACGAAACUGCGGAGUUCCGCUGUGAAGCUACCGGUGUUCCGAAGCCCAAGAUCAUUUGGGUUCAUAAUGGAAAACCGAUCGAUCAAACUCCUAAUAAUCCUCGGCGUAUCGUCAGUACUAACAGGAUCUACUUCACUAAGUUGGAAAAGAGUGAUACGGGUAAUUACGGUUGUAACGCCACCAACUCGCUCGGUUAUGUAUACAAGGACGUUUAUUUGAACGUUUUGGCUUUGGCACCCGAAAUCACCGAACCUCCAAAACUGGAAUACACCGUCGAUCGGCGCAAUGUUACCAUGACCUGUCGUGUAUUCGGUGCUCCCAAGCCGGAAGUUAAGUGGAUCCGAAAUGGUCGUGAACUUACCGGUGGUCGAUAUCAAAUCCUAGAAACUGGAGAUCUUUUCAUCAAAGGGGUGGAGUUUUCCGAUGCAGGCGAGUAUACUUGUAAUGCUGUGAAUAAACUUGGCGAAAAAUCAGCCAGCGGUGAACUGGUCGUUAAAGAACACACCCGGAUUAUUGAUGAACCGCAGGAUUAUGAGGUUGUUGCCGGUACGCAGGCCACUUUCAGGUGCAAUGCUGUUGCGGAUUCUUCGUUAGGUUUAACGAUCGAAUGGCUGACAGAUGGUGUUCCAAUUGAUUUUGAAACCCAACCACGAUUUGUUAUGACGAACGAUUACUCUCUGACAAUUUCGAAAACGAUCGAGCUGGAUACGGGAGUGUAUUCCUGCGUGGCGAGAACAGACUUGGAUGAAGUCAAUGCGAAUGCUACUUUAACUGUUUAUGACAGACCGAACAGUCCUUCUCUGACUGGUAUUGAAUGUCAUCAGGCCGUAGCAACAAUUUCAUGGAAACCAAACGGCGAUAAUCGUUCGCCUAUUCUACAUUAUACCAUUGAAUUUAACACUUCUUUCACUCCGGAUAGUUGGGAAAUUUCCACGAAAGACGUACCUGCGACUGAUUUUACCUACAGUGUAGACAUGAGCCCAUGGGCCAAUUACACGUUCCGGGUGAUAGCUAUUAACAAAGUUGGCCCUUCGUUACCGUCCGGUCACAGUGAUAUCUGUACCACACAACCAAGUGUUCCAUUCAAAAAUCCCGAUAACGUCGAAGGGCAGGGAACUGAACCGACCAACUUACUGAUCAAAUGGACUCCGAUGUCGGAAAUCGAACACAACGCUCCUAGAUUCCAGUAUCGUGUAUACUGGCAGCUGGAUACUGGAGUAGACAACUGGAACACAGAGGAUAUAUUCGAUUGGCGGCAGUCAGAAUUGCUUGUACGUGAUCAGCCCACUUUCCAGCGGUAUCGAAUUAAAGUUGUAGCCAUCAAUGAACUUGGUGAAGCAAAUGUUGCACCCAAAGAAGUUAUCGGAUAUUCAGGAGAGGAUAGACCCCUGGUUGCUCCUACCAAUUUUACGCUCAUCCAAGUUACCGCCCCUACAUCUGCCAUUCUCAGUUGGAAUCCGGUAACUGAAGAGAGCGUCCGAGGUCAUUUCAAAGGCUACAAAAUUCAAACCUGGACCGAUACCGAUGGUGAAGAAAAUUUGCGAGAAGUUCUCGUAACAUCGGAUUCAAAACAAGCUUUAGUCACGGAUUUUAUCCCGGAUUCAACCAACUAUGCUCGAAUUUUGGCGUAUAAUGGAAGAUUCAAUGGGCCAGCCAGCACUACAUUAUCCUUUGAAACGCCCGAGGGAGUCCCUAAUACGAUACAAUCGCUGGAUGCCAUACCCCUGGGUUCGUCUGCUUUCCUACUUAAAUGGAAGAAACCGCUACAAACAAAUGGAAAAUUAACCGGCUACAAGAUCUACUACGAGGAGGUUAAAGGAACCUCGUUCGGACCUAGGAUGGAACGGGAGCCGCACAUUCAUGACCCACGUAUUACCGAUGCUAAACUUGGUAAACUGAAGCAGGCUACCAAGUAUCGAGUACAUGUCGUAGGAACCACAAAAGCAGGAGAGGGUCAAGACUACUACAUCGAACAAAAGACUGCCAGUGGUUUAGCCAUACCACCAGACCAACCCUAUUUUGCCUGGGAACGUCAGCCUAAUGAUAAUGGUCGUGCUGACAUCAAGGUCAUUUGGCAACCCAAUCUAGAGGGUAAACCGGGAUCACAUUUCUUCAUCAAGUACCGCAUCAAGGGAGAAAAUCAGUGGUUAAUGACCGAACCUGUUCUGUACGAGAACCAUCACACCGUUCAUGGAUUGGAUCCGGACAGUAACUACGAGUUCCGAGUAGUUUCAGUCGAUGGCGAAUAUCAAACCGAGUCGCUAUCGCAAGAAGUGGACACCUAUGGAAUAGAGGGCCCAAUCAAAGUUCCCAACGAGAAUGUGGCCACCGCCGGUUGGUUCAUCGGAAUGAUGCUCGCAAUUGCCUUCCUGAUACUGUUGCUGAUUAUCAUCUGCAUUGUCAAACGAAAUCGCGGUGGCAAGUACGAUGUGCACGAUCGGGAGCUGGCGAAUGGACGAAAUGAUUAUACCGAGGAGGGCGGGUUCCCCGAGUACUCGCAGCCUGUUUUACGUGAUUACAGCUUGGACAAUAAAAGCCAGGGCCGACAAUCACUGAACUCGCAAAAAGUCCCACCGGAAAGUGAUACAGAUUCCAUGGCGGAAUAUGGUGAAGGUGAUACAGGAGGACAGUUCACCGAAGAUGGUUCCUUCAUCGGACAGUAUGUGCCCGGUAAGCCACCAGUCAGCGCCCAUUCUACACCACAAAAUCCGUCGCUGCAAGGAGCCAACGCUGGCAUGGCCACUUACGUCUAAGCUAGGAUCUACUGUUUGGUUUUUAUGCUGGAAGGACAAUUGCUUGUUACUACUCGCCUUGAGCUGACGAUGUUAAAUGAACUUUGCGAACUGUAUGCGACAAACGAACAAACGAAGCGGACAGAAGAUACACAUCACCCAGCAGCUUACUUUUUAUCAUUUUUUUUAUUCUUUUGUAACUAAAAAUACAAAUAAUAGUUCUAACGGAUAAACAAACUAAUUACCCGGAAGCUAGGAAAUAGUAUUAAAUAACUCUCGAAAAAAAAAUCAACUCGAAUCAAUGUGUUCAUCACUCAGAAUAAAACACACGACAAGUUAUUUUUCUUUCUUUCAAAGUAAGUACAAAACAUACGGGAAAUUACUAGACGUCUAAAUUUAGUUAAACGCUUCUCGAUAGGUCGCAGUUCAGUACCGUUAGUCAUACAUGCGUAGAAGGGGGCGUCUGAAAAAAAACUUCAGUAAUUAAUUCCAUUUCGGUUGUAGCGCAACCAUAGCUUAAAUCGAUCCCAUACCAGAGCCGCAUUUUAUGUAAAAUCCGCACGUUUAGCUUCAAUGUUGACCGAAAGCAGCUACCAUAAAACAAAAUUUUGCGAAUGAUCUACUCAAAGAGUGGGUUCUAUCGCCCUGAAAUAUCUGCUUAAUUGUUUCGUAAACAUAAAAUCAAUGAACACAAUUCGUUGUUGCAAACGCAUUCUUUGUCUUAGUCCGGUCUAUUUAUGCUUUUUUGUUUUAUUUUGUAACAUUUGUAUUGUUUACUUUAUUUAGGUAACUUAUUCAUUGAUCGGUAAACCGAUCGGAAAUAUUUUCUGCUUUAGUCCUACUCGGUAGCUCUUGUUAGAAUUUAGUCGAUAUCAGUUCAACAACCGGGCAGUAUCGCGACAAGGGAAGUUAUCAAUUUCGUCCAGUAAGCAAGAAUCUCUUAUUCGUACUAGUUGUAAUUGCUAGGGAAAACACACACACACACACACUCAAACAAAAAGCCUACCAUUAAACUAUUUCCCUCUCUCCAUCUUUCAAUCUUCCAAACUUGCGAAGGGAAAGUGAGUAUGUUUUAAGUUGUUGUUAAUUUUAUGCCCGUUUAUAAAAUUAGUGAAACGAAAUGAAAUGCAAUGUGCUGAAAAAGAAAACGUGAUUUGGCACAAAACUAUUUUCUCCAGGGUAGGCAAGCUAGAGGGCAACUUUCGUCAAAUGUGUAUUUGCUUUUGCAAUGCCAGUUGCCGACGGGAAAUAUCAUUUCACCGUUGGGGCUCCGAAUUAAAACAUCACACAAAUAUCUAUCACACUGAUGCGCAUAUGCACUAGGAGAGAAAAAAAAAGCUCUUUGCACUGAGAGCGCAAACCAUAGAUCUGUAUAUAAUGCGAAAGUGCUGCAAUUAUUUCCCAUUAAUUUUCGAAUGCAAAUUUUUUAGGCUAAGAACAAUAAGAAAUGAGAAUCGAAUAUGUUAGAAUGCAAUUCUUUUUUAAUAGAAAUUUCCUUCAAUUAGUUUUAACUGUUUAGUAAGAAAAAGCUAAAUGUUUACUUUUAUUUUGUAAUAAAGAAACUUCUUUACAAAACAUAUUGUUUUUGAUUUUUGUUUUAUUCGUAUUAAUAUUUAUUUUGGUUAUUUUUUUAUACUAAGAAGCACAAAUCUCACAUUACAAAUGAUUUGGGCUCAAAAUUGAUGAAAUUCAUCUUGCAGAGAAAUUUCGAACAAGUCUUUAAGAACUGAUUACAGCACCUGAAUAAUGCCAUUCGAUAACAGUUAACAGAUGUAUUUGUAUUUCGGUACUUCUCUUCAAAUUGAAUUUAAUAACCGCCGGGUACAAUUUCGCUCACGAUCUGAAUAUAAUACUAAAUUUAAGGGACAAUUUACAAUCUUAGGAUCACAGCCAUUGUUGCAAAACGCAAAAGCAGUUUUCCUCGCAAUUGGUAAGCGGAAAAUCAUAUGCUUCUGCAUUUUUCAACAUUGGCAGUUUUUCUAAGAUUUUUUGUAGAUCCUUAAACUCAAUAUGAUGACGAAAAUUCAAUUCGAAAGAUUUCAUCAUUUUUCAUUCGUCUUAUCUAGCAUUAGCUAUUUCGACAUAAAUGUUGUCAGAAUCUUAGUAAAUCUGUGGAAUAAAUUCGAGCGAGCUUAAGAUUCUGAACUAAUUGACUCAAGUGGCACGUUCCUCUGGAGCUUAAGCUUAGUCUUUCAUUCAAACAUUUUACUCGGUGCUUUUGCCAUUUACUCUGGAACAUUUGAUGUAAAUGGUAUUUAUUUCAUGUGAAAUGUAGAUUUGCAUCAAUGUUUUAUGUAUUUAGAGCUGGAUUUUUUAAAUUUGUUUCGAUUAUGUAUGAUUUAACCUUGUGGUCAUUCCAUGCCUUUUGAUAUAAUUUCUGUACUGUUCAUUCUAAUGGGUUCCCAUUUAGAUGCGAUAAAAAAUUCCGAAAAACUUCAGAAUCUUCAUGAAACCGAAAUCUUGAUUUAAAUUCGGGACCAAUACUGAAAUGAUUCGAUAAGUUUUAAAACGUCUUUGGCGACAGAUUCUGUCUAUUUUGUUGGUAAUAUCUUUGAUUCAAAUAAAUUUCGUUACGUUGUAACAAGUCGGGGUUAACCUGUUUGGCAUGUUUUUGCAAUAACGGCAAUUUGGCAUAAUGGUAGUUUAGUAGUAAAAUUUACAUAGUAUUUGAUACUGCGAUUUUCGUUUGUCAUAACGUCAUAUGGCAUAAAACCAUUCAAUAUAAUGUUACCUUCACCACAACGGGUUUCGAAUUUAACUGAGGGACAGCUCCUAGCUUUGAGUAGAUCGGGUAAACGGAAGGAUUACAGGCUUGUAUGCCAUGAACCGCCAAUCAAAUGUGAUUGUUCCAAACAUGCUUCAUGUCAAAUAACUAUUAUGCCAAAUAACCAUUAUGACGAAUAGUUGUAUGCAGAACAGCAUUAUGCCAAACGGCCCUCUUCCAAAUCAUACAGUAACAUGUUAUAUUGGAGCUUGCGAACAAAUUGCCACAUUCGGUGGUUUUUGAACACUCGGAAUGGAAUUAGAAUUUUACGUUCUCUUGAUUUAUAUAUUUUGCUAAUAUUUGACAAAAUCUUGGCAAAACUAGAUAACUAAUUAUUUUCGUUUCCGUAUAAUCUUACAUUCGUCUCAAUAAUUCAGUUUUGCUUGUUAAAUCAUUGUUUCUAUUUAAUACUUGCUUUGAGAUUUUGUCGAAACCAAAGAAUCGAAUGAAGGAGAAACACAGGGUCUUAGUGAAAAUGUUAACUUGGCACAUUUGAAGAAUAUCUAUUAUAUUUGCUUAUCGCUAUAACUAUUUUAAGAGUAAGGUGAGAAACAACACGUAAGCAGGCAAAUCCACGCGCUUCUGUUAUCUUAAAUGAAACUAGUUUCACUUAAAUACAGAUACUCUAUGCAAUUUGGCAAGAAAUUACUGCUUAUUUAUCAAGUAUCAACUAAUAUUCUGUAACAUUAGAUCGUAAACUAGCUUUUGCUUAUAUCAUGAAAUUUAGACAACCGCAUGUUAGUGCGAAAACAGCCGAAACGAUCGGUCGAACUGUCCUAUUGCAUUUAGAAAGGAUAAUAGUGUGGUGAAAGACAAGGCAUACUGUAGGCUUAUAAGUAGGAGAAAAGGAAUGAAAGGCGUUUAACAAAAUGGGUGCUUUUUAUAUACAGAAACCGCAAAGCAGAAACUGAAAGAUGAAUGAAACCGGAAUGAUGUAAUUACUGCUCGAGAUGAGACAAACUACGUAUUAUGUUAUACUUUGCAUGAGGAAAAUAUACAAACAAAAUUGAACUAUUAUUUGGGAACUAACAAGUGCUUUCAAGGGAACUGAAAAAUAAGUGUUGCCCUAUUCUCGUUUGCUCUUAUUUAUCUGUAACCUGUUUUAACGUUUAUCGACCAUUGUACAGAAUUUUCGUAUGUUGCUUGUGUCUUUGUAAAAAAACAAUGCAACAAAAAAGGAAAUUGAAAGUUUAUAAUUAGGAUAACACUAUACUCUAAAUUUCAUGUUACAUGUUUUUAUGGAAAGCAACUUGUAUUUAGAUAACUGUAUAUUAAAGUAAUUGGAACAUUAGUUGAUAUGGUUAAACAAUAUUCGCUUUUGUAACAGAAUCACUAAAAUCACGCAAUUAGUUGGAUUCAAUUCCAAGAGAAUCAAUUCAAAGGAUUAAGAUUAUCUUGACAUCCAGCGGCAACAAUUACGGCUGCCAUCUUUGCUGCAUUACGCUGUGGCAAAUCGAGCCCGAAUCGAACAAUUAGACGAAAAAAUAAAUCUCAAACCCAAACCACAAUCCUCAAAGAGAGAGAAAAGCAUUCCCCAUACCGUAUAUUUUGGAAACUAGAAAACAAAAACACUGCCGUUGCAGUUGCAUCUGAAAUCACACUCACAAAAUCUAUCAUUAUCAGUCAUUAUCAAAAAACCACAGAGUAAAUCGACGCAUACGCAGAGUGUACAUGUUUUUUGCAUAAAAGAGAGGACCCCUAUUUACAACUGGCACAAGAACUUGCCGUUUAAAGAAAAUGAACGAGGUUUGAAAACGAAACGUGCAUAAAGCAACGAUGACAGAUGAUAUUUUAUUCCGCGACGGAAAAAUUCUAAUUAUCAGAAAGACGGAUGAUUGAAGUAUUUUUUGAUGAAUACCUUUGAAUUCCAGAUUUCAAAUCCGUAACAUAACUAUCAAUUACUGCGUAAACUAGCACUACUAGACGACUUCGUAAAAAUAAUUGGAAUGAAAAAAAAUCUUAAAAUUGGUUACAAAACACUACGCAACCAAUGGCGCUCAUUCCAAAAUAUGGCGUUAAUGAUAAAAAUUUUCACGAGAUAUUGUAUCCAUGUGAUUUCAAACAAUAGGGAAAAUCGUAAUUAGAAUUGAAUCUCAACCAGACUACUGUAGGUAACAACAUCACUUGUACUUUAUUAUUCGGAAGUCAUUGAUGUAAUAAUUCUUAUGCCGCGAAAUAAAUCACUAUCGAAACAGA